CCGGGCGAAGUUUGGUCCGCUGGCCUCAAGUGGCAGAACCCUUUCGCCAUCGGCGCGCAGGGCGACCGCGGGGCCGCGAUUUGGAAGUUCCGCGAGUACUUCCUCGAGAGCGCCGCGCUCCUGGGGGAGCUCCACGAGCUGCGGGGCCAGACGCUCCUGCGCCACAGCGGCCCCGCGGAUCUGCCGCGCCGACGUGCUCAUAACGGCCUGCGUGGAGCAGAAGGAGCCCGGCUGCGCCAGCGAUGGCCCGACGUCCGACGAGGGCGAGAGCGGCGCCCCUAUUCCCCGCGCGGGGGCGGGCUGGCUCGGCGCGGGGGCCGCCUGUCUCGGUGGGCCGCGACCCCGGCGAGGGGCAUUGGCGCCGCCAUCUCCUGCGCGCUUGCUUGCUCGCGUGUCGGGGCCGACCCAUUCGACGGCCUUGAGGCGCGCGUGAAGACCGCCCCCAUGGAGAUCCUCGGCUGCGAGCGGAACUUCAGGCGGGGCGGCGUCGCCAAUCGCCCGGCCGCCAGCAUCGACUUCGAGUUGAUCGGCGCGGUCGGCGCGCGCCUCGAGGAUCCGGGCGCGGCGGUCAUAGGCAAGCACCGCGCGGGCGCCCCUCUUGGAUGGCGCGGGCGGCUGCCCCGCGCGCCCGCGGCGACCCAGCGCCCGGGCGCCAUCGUGGACAAUUUUCUGGAGCAGGAGGAGGUUGGGAUGAAGGUCAGGACGACGUACGCGCAUGCGAAGGCCGAGUUUGGCGGCCGCCUCCGCGUGGCCUCGCUGGGCGCGCUCGAGCAGAGGGAGGGUGAGUUCCAGAUCGUCAACGACGGCGCGCGCGGAGUCCGCGUCGACGCCGCCAUUCGCGUCCGAGACCAGGAGGCAUGCCCCGCGGCGCGCGAUCUCGUCGCUGCGCUGGACUGCGGGAUCGGCCGCCAGGAGCGCGCGCCAGGCGGCGAGGCCGGUCGUCGCAGGUGCGCGCUGUUCAUGCUCGUCCUGGACAUCUCGAAGGCGCACCGCCGUGUCCCCGUUCGCCGAGAGGAUUGGGGUCUCCAGGCGCGUUCGAACCGUCGUCUUGGGCAGUUCCCCGGCCCUCGCGAUCCCGUGUGGUUGAACACCGCCGGGACUUGCGGGAUCGGUUGCGCCUCCUAUUCGCGGCGGCGCCUCGGCGCGCUGCUGCACAUAAUCCUGUCAUGCGUCGUCGGGCCCGCAGGCUUGCUCUGGGCGCUAUGCUUCGCCGACGACUCCAUCUGGCUCGCUGGCGGCGCCGCGGUCCAGCGGCCGCUAGUUUUAGGCCUCCUCCUCCUCUUCCUCCGUGCCUUCGACGUGCCGAUCAAGCGGGCGAAGUUCCGGGACGGCAGGCGCGCGGAGUGCAUGGAUUGGGUAUUUCUUCGACCUCGAGGCCUGGCUGGCGUCAGCGAUGGCCGCAGCAGGUGGGCGGCCGAAUGGUGCCGCCGAGUUGCCAGAGAGCGCGAGAUUCUCAUGGGCCACUUCCGUGAGUGGUUCGGGCGCCUCGGCUUCGUGGCAACGCUGCUCUUGUACAUGAGACCAUUUUGGAGCCCUCUGUGCGCCUGGGCCGCGGCCGCGCCAGCAGACGCCAGGGUGCACGUUCCGCCCAUGACCAAGUGGGUAUUGACAUGGCUCGCGGAGGCGUUCGAGGCUCGCGUCCGCAUCCCUUUCGGGCGACCCGUGCGCCACCUGGGGGAGAAGUACCGCGCCGACACCAAGGCGGAGGGCGACCUCAUCGUCGCCGGGGGCUGGGAGGUCGCAGGCCACGAGGGGCCGGCUGGGGCCCGGUGGCUCUCUUGCCGGCCAGCCAGGCAG